AUGGAUAGUUGUGAUUAUAAAUCAUAUGCACAGGCAUUAGAUUUAGUUAAUGAUAAAGAAUUAAUUGAAGAAUAUAAGAAAUAUCAUAAAAAUGUUUGGAAAGAAGUAAAUGAAGCAUUAUGCUCAAUAGGAAUUAAAAAAAUGAAGAUUUUUUUACUUGGAACCCAUCUUUUUAUGUAUUAUGAAGCAAGAGCUGAUUUUGAUCCAAAAAUUGAUUUCCAAAAAUAUACAGAAUUAACACCAAAAGCAAAUGAAUGGGAUAACUUAAUGAGAAAAUUUCAACAAAAAAUAUCUGAUAUUCCAGAAAAUCAAUUAGGUGAAUGGUGGAGUCCAAUGGAUUUAGUUUAUGAUUUGGAUUGGUUUAAACAACAACAAUAA